GCUCUGAUAAAUCCAGUGACUUCGGCGCGGAACUUGGAGUUGAGCAGAGCGUCUGACCGAGCCCCGUCCUCUUCAACAACUCAUCCACCAUGGUCAAGCUGGCACCCACCAUCAAGCUCAACAACGGCCAAGACUUCCCCAUCCUUGGCCUGGGCACCUGGAAGUCCAAGCCCGGCGAAGUCGAGCAGGCCGUCAAGGACGCCAUCGACGCCGGCUACAGGCACAUCGAUGGCGCCUUCAUCUACGGCAACGAGGCGGAGGUCGGCAACGGCAUCCGCGCCAAGAUCGCCGAGGGCGUGGUCAAGAGGGAGGACAUCUUCCUCACCAGCAAGCUGUGGAACACCUUCCACCGGCCGGACCUCGUCGUCGACGCCUGCAAGAAGUCCCUGAAGAACUUCGGCCUGGACUACCUGGACCUCUACCUUAUCCACUGGCCCACCGGCUACGAAGAGGGUGGUGAGCUGUUCCCCCGCGAGGCCGACGGCACCGUGCGCUACAGCGACGUGGACUACGUGGACACCUGGAAGGCGUUGGAGAAGUGCGUGGAGCUGGGCCUGGUCAAGGGCAUCGGCCUCUCCAACUUCAACUCGCAGCAGGUGACCCGCGUGCUCGAGGUCUGCAAGAUCAAGCCCCUGGUGAACCAGGUGGAGUGCCACGCGCACCUCAACCAGGCCAAGCUCAUCAAGUUCUGCAAGGAGCGCGACAUCGUCGUCACCGCCUACAGCCCCCUCGGCUCCCCUGACAGGCCCUGGGCCAAGCCCGGCGACCCCAUGCUCCUGGAGGACCCCAAGAUCAAGGCCAUGGCUGACAAGUACGGCAAGACCACCGCCCAGGUCGUCCUCCGGUACCUGAUCCAGCACGGCACCGUCCCGGUCCCCAAGUCCGUCACCAAGUCCCGCAUCGUCUCCAACUUCCAAGUUUUCGACUUCGAGCUCUCACCCGCUGACGUCGCCGUCAUGGACACCUUCGACUGCAACGGCCGCCUGGUCCCCCUCAACGACGGCAAGAAGCACAAGUACUGGCCCUUCGGCAUCGAGUACUAGGCGGGGAUAGAGACCACCACGAGGAUGCUGCUUUCUCAUCUUGUAAAAAAAAACUAUGCAAAACCUGAUCUCACCAUAACGUGAUGUAUUACGAAACAGAACCAGAAACCUUGUAAGAAAAUAAAGUACUAGAAAACGGGUCGAA